AUGGCGGACAAGGCUGCUUCUUUCGUUGGUUCGGGAAUCCCAACGGUUGGAGGGGAGGCCCCAGUAGAACAGAGCCCAGAGGAGAAGUUCUGUGUGGAAAAAGACUCACCCUUGUGCGACUCAGUCAUGUGGAAGAUGCUUGACAAUUACUAUAAGAAGAUGGCUAUUGAGGCAUGGGCGCAUGACUACGUGCCCUCCUUCGUAACAAGCAACAGCCGCCUCUGUAGAUCAUACGCAAAGAUUAUUGUGAACUUCCUGCAAGAUUGGUUCAAGCGCCCCGAGGCUGACCCCAGCACGCCAGUCACCAUCCUGGAGAUAGGCGGCGGGCACGGACGUUUCACGUUUCUGCUGCUGCGGGCACUGCAGCGGUACAAGCGGCUCUUCGCCAGUCUGGGUCUUCCUGAACGCCCCUUCCUCGUUGUUUUUUCUGAUGUUGCGGAGGCGAAUGUGGCCUUCUGCUCCAAACAUCCUGCGCUCCAGCCAUUUGUGAAAAUGCAGUGGCUCGACUUUGCAGUUUUCGAUGGAAAUAGAGACAGGGAGGUGCAUUUGGUGGUCAAGAAAGAACCCAUAAAGAAUGGCUCAGCUCCUGUUAUUGCGAUCUGCAACUAUGUCUUGGAUUCUCUUCUAACCGAUGCCUGGAGAGUGACGCCCGGGGCGCAAGAACACGAAUUCGAGCGAGCUCUUGUCUCUAUAUACUCCCCGGGAGAGGAGAAGCACUUGGAAGCGCCAGAAAUUAUGCUGCGGAUGACCCUCGGAUGGAACUGGAGAGGAGUCGACUUAGAUUUGGCAUCUGAGGUUUCUGGCCCUGGAGAAAAGAUUGCCUACUUGCAGCAAGAUCAUACAAUUAAGGAGGUCUUGCUACGAUACAGGCAGCUGGAUAAGCAGCUCUCUUUUGUACUGCCGAUAGGGGCCUUUGCUCUGUUCCGCAACUUGCGAGGCAUUGGAGGGGGUCGUCUCUUCUGCCUAGUGGGAGACAAGGGCUAUCCAACGGCCGAUGAGUUUCUGGGGUCCAGAGAUCCUCACAUUGCCAUUCAUGGAUCCAUAUCUUUCAUGCUCAACCUCCAUGCCAUCAGAACAUUCUUCGAGUGCAUGGGCGGAUUUUCCUAUGCUACACCAUACAGGGACACCUUCCAAGUUACGGGUCUUUGGCUGUGUGGGAGUGAGUUCGAAAUGGGACGGAGCAUUGCUGCAUUUGUUGAAGACGUGGAAGACCUAGCACCGGAUGCUUUGAUCAACUGGCAACGCGCUGCGCAGGAGACGGUGUCUGCGGGGGGAGGGCCGGGGAGCAGCAUGAAGUCCUUAAUCUCGUUGCUAAGGUAUUCGGCACACGACGCGGAUGUGUUUCUGAACUUUUCGAAUGAAUUUACAAGUCAGUGCGUGCACCCAUACUUGAACCCGCGUACGGAGCAAGACUUGAUUAACGAUCUGGACGAGACCUUUGAAAACUGGUACAAGCUCAAGAAAGGAGAAGAUGUUGCGGAUGUAUGCGGGCACAUCUGCAUGCGACUUGGCCGAUGUGACAAGGCGCUCAAAUUUCUCCAGGCCAGCGCAGACCUGGAUCCGAAGUUGACGCACCCGUCGACUUACAUCAAUCUCGCAAGCUGCUACAAAGUAGAAGGCAACUUUGAGGCAGGAAUCACUGCGGUUAAGAAGGCCCUAGACAUCGAUCCUUCAUAUCCUCAAGCUGCACACAUGCUGCGCACUCUGAAAAUGUGCAUGAACCCUGUGCGAAUCGCUCUUAUUGGACUUGGAUACUGGAUCCAGUAUGAGGCGCUUCCGCUGCUCCGUCGGGAUAACCGGGUGAAGAUUGUUGCGGUGUUCGCUUUCAAACAUGAGGAGGUCGCCUCGUUGGUUGAGAAGACGGAACUGAAGGGGGUUGAGCUGUACAGCGGGUCUCAAGGGCUCUCCUCCUUGCUGGAAAGAUCAGACAUUCAGGCAGUGCUGGUUGACGUGCACAUGCAGCUAAUGACGUCUCUCUUGCCUCGCGUUUUCGCCGUGAGGAAGCACCUGCUAACGCGGUCUCCUCUCCAGAUGAGCUUGGCUCAAGGUGCUGCCCUCCUGAACCUGUACAAACCAUACAGCAACUCGGUAGUAUGGCAUGCAGUAGAGAACAACAGACAAGAAGAGGCAUUCACGGAGGCUGCAGCCAAGCUGUCUGCCUUGGGGCGCAUUACCUCUGUGUCUUUCAAGUGUGGGACGGAUACUGCUCUGAAGCAUCACUUUUCCUUCGCGCCGUAUGAUAUUAAGCACCACUUGGCCCUCGAUCUUUUACGCAGUGUGACGGCUCUCCGUCAGAUUACGGGUCUAAACAUGAGCUCAGUCUCCGCGCGAGUAGUGGGUGACUUUGCUCCAUGCUGCAGCAGCAAGAGCGCCUCUCCGCAGGCAGAGGACGGUUGCAGCUCCCAGAACGAAAAGGUAAAGAGCACGCGACUCCGCCGUGAAUACGCGAGGCUCAGCGGGUGGCUCACCUUGCUUGACCCCGGAGCACAGAACAGUGUUUUGGGCUCGUUCGUAAUCAGCCAUUGCGUCGGUGACAACUCCUUGGUGUAUCAGAUCAACUGCACGAAAGGCACGAUGAAGCUGACGAAGGCAUCAUCCUGCUGGCGCAUCGAGGUAGUAGGAGAAAAGCCAUCUGGCAGCAACAGUUUUGCUGUGCAGAGCAUCGGCCACCAAAACUGCCACGAUGCGUUUGCGGAGGAGCUCUAUGAGAAGAUCAUGGGUGCCGCAGAAGGGACUAAAGGGCUGGAGAGUAGUGGAACUGCUGAACAGGCGCUGGUGGAUAUCUCUAUAUCCGAGGGUCUUGCGGACUCGGCAACAAUCGAAGGCAUCCUUGCCUCCAUCCAGCACGCCGGAGCACCAGCCCGCUUUGGCAGCCCGGUAUCAACGAAUCUUGAGACUCUGAGCAAGGCAGAAAAUAGGGUUCUCGGCGGCAAGCAAGCAGCUACCUUGCGGACUCUAUCCUGA